GUUUCACAUCACAUCCAAUGUACCAGAACCUGAAGGGGACACGUACCAGCAGAUCUUCCCUGUUUGGACGAUCGCAGUCACGAAAAAUCAGCGGCAGCUUGCCACUGCCACAAGCGACAAUAGAAUAAACCUUUGGUGCUUGGUAACGCAUCAAUUGCUUGCACCGUUGAUUGGACAUGCUGAUACGAUUUGGCGCCUGGCUUACUCCCCGGACGACUUACUACUAGCUUCGACUAGUGCUGAUGGUACAGUUCGUCUUUGGGAGGUCAGCACAGGUUUGCCAGUUAUGAUCCUUCCCAGAAACCAUGCAAACUGGGUAUGGAGUCUGGCUUGGUCUCCAGACGGGAGCAGGCUUGCAACAGGAGGUUCAGAUGCUCGCAUUCUGGUCUGGGAUGCGCAAGAGGCAGCGGAAGGGGCACAGCGUGUGCAAGAGCUUAGUGCUCGAGCCGCUAUGGAGCGAGCACACCGUGUUGACUGUUGUGAUGUGGAUUUCUUCUGA